AUGUCUCAAAUCAGUGUCGUACAAUAUAAUCCUCCGUUAAAUAAACUUAACAUCUUACAGCAAAAUAACGUUAAUAACAAACAAAGUGAACGGCAGAUUAUUGUGUUAAGAAAACCUCCACAACUUCUUCCUCAACCCAAGGAUUUUAAUCGAGAUGACGUCCUUAUCACCAACACUGCCAAAAAGAAGUCAACAAGUAAACCAGCAAAGGAACUUAAAACAAGUCCAGCGCCGGUAUCAGUAGCUAGAAGAAAUGCUAGAGAACGUAAUAGGGUCAAACAAGUCAACAAUGGAUUUGCAAACUUAAGGCAACAUAUUCCCAACUUCAUAGCUGCAGCCUUUGAGUCUAGUAAUGGAAGAGGUGGCAACAAAAAACUUAGUAAGGUAGAAACUCUUCGGAUGGCGGUUGAAUAUAUACGUAGUUUGGAAGAUAUCUUAGCUAUGGAUAGCACGGAUGGCAUACCAGAACAUCCCUAUCCAUCACCAACGUCUUCAGCAUCUCCUAACCACCAAAUUACAAACAACGUUACUUAUACGUAUCAAAUACUAUCACCGCCAGAUGACGACGAUGAUAUGUCUUCUACUACUACUUCUUCACCACAACAAUUCAUCAAGAUCGACACUUCAUCAGGAGCCUUUCAAGUUCUUUCAAACACCAUCUAUGAAGAUGACGAAAAUUUGGAUCCUCUGGUCGACGAACAUUUGCUCACAGAUCCUUCUUUAUUAGAUCCCAAUUUAGCAUUUAACGUUAACGCUCAGGACUUAAGUUAUUUAAAUACCAUGCAUACUACAGGAUCAAUCUCUCCAGGUAUCUAUAGUGACAGUUCUCUAAGUCCUGGAUCUUUGGAAAAAAGUGAUCCCAACUGUUACAUACCAGUGUUUAAUAACUCUAGGGAAGAACAGUUAUGUGAUGUGAAACCAAACAUUAAUGAACUUCCGGUUAUUCACUUAAAGACUGAAAACGGGUUGACCGAAGAACACAAAGAAAAUAUUGAAGAUGUUCUGCAAUGGUGGGAACAGCGACCUCAACCCAGGGGCAGCUAA